GAACCAGUGGCGACUUCCGACGUGACGUAACGUGACAAUUAAGGAAACUAAAAAUAUAACCUAAAAUAAUUCACGUUAAUUUUUUUUCCCCUAAUAUUAGUAUGCCGCUUGGAAAAUUUGGGAAAAUAACACUUUCUUGGGCUAUAAUCACAGUGACCAGUCUUUCCUUAUUUGUGGUGUCUAAAAACUCUAUCAAUGCUCGCCGUGUGGAGAAUAUGAAAUCAAGGGAACGCAUGCGCAGGUCCAACGAGGGUGAUUACGAAGAAAAGUACCGCAAGUUUGCAUAG